AUGACCGGUGGUAGUAGCUCGUCUGAGACUUCAACUGGCACAGAUAGUCUCGCGGCCUUCGUCAGUCCCUCUGUAACUGAGCAAACUAUCUCAAAUACUUCCACAGCACGGCCCACAGCUCAGGAUAGUCCACAUACACCACUGGACGAAGAUACAGACUGCGUUUAUUUCGAUUCCAACUCGUAUGUUGGGUCACCUACAAUCAAUUUCGACUCAGACAAUGCAACCGGAGCAAGAUACAACACUCCCAAAAACAGGUUCCGGCCACAGCAACCACCAUCUCCAGUGGCCUAUUCCUCUCAAAUAACUCGCCCCAGGAAGUGGGAGCGUGUAACAUAUUUUGGCCCCAGCACUGUAGUGGAAGGCGCGACCGUGAACAUCCGAUCCGAGCGUGCCUCCGGUGCCGUGUUCGGUGUUAAGGUCGUUCCUAGUCGCACAUCACGCUACUGA